AUGUUUCCAUUUAAAAUUCUACUUUCUUGGUUUGUGAUUCUUAUUAUAGAUCUCCCUUCGACAUUUCAAAGUCAACAUGAUUUAUUGGAAAAGAGACAUGUUCAACCAAAUGAUUUACAAUUCUAUAACCAAGGCUCAAGAUCGUCAUUAAGUUAUCUAUACCAAAAAAGAGAUGAAACAUUCAAUAUUCAACUGAAGAAAAAGAAAUAUAAAUUUCAUAAGCAUGAAGAUGAUGAUGAUCAUGCUCAUAACAGACAUUAUAUUGUUAAAGUAAAGGAGAAAAUGACUACUACUAUGUUAACUUCAAAAACGACUGAAUUUGCUGAUCGAGAAAUUCAAAAGAUUGCAGAUUCCAAAGAUGGUUGGCAAGUAAAUUUGGGAUUAUAUCUCGAUAAAGGUAUAGGAAAAGAAUUACUAGAUAGUUCUUCAUGUGAUUCAGAUAGUGAUGAAGGUAAAAAGAAAAAGUUUUUCAUUUUUGCUGAUGGUACUCCUGAUGGGAUUAAAGAAUUGGUUUCAAAUGAUAAUAUUGUUCACGUGCUUGAUAAAGGUAACACCACUAGUCUUUUCUUUGAUAAUUCAAGUAUGGCAAAUAAUUCUACAGAUAACUACACAGCUGCUCUUAAAAAUUUCAAGAUUAAAGAGUCAAGUAGUAAGAGUAUUAAAUAUGGUCUACUUCAAUUAUGUAUAUGGUUAAUGUUUAGCUUAAUAUAA